GAAAAUUGAGUGUCAACAUAAAAAAUUCAAACUCAAACUCAAACAUCAUUUCACUGUUUGAGUCAAACUCAAACAUCAAACUCAAACAGAAUUUACUCAAACUCAAACUUUAAAAUCCAAUGUUUGAAUUCCCUGGUCCCAGUGACAACAACAACGAAAAAACGGCAGAAGAUUGAAAUUGUGGUUAGAAAUUGUCAGAAACCACUCCGAGUUGUAACGAUAAGCGUAUUAUUUCUCCGGAUUCCAGAAUCCGGAAGGGUCUCGUGAUUGGGACUUGAACCGUUUUAUACAAACUUUUUGCUUCCCGGAAUGUCUUGAGUUGAAUUUAAUUAAUACGAAAUUCGUUUUCAGAUAAUGAGAAGCUAGGAGUUGGGGUUAGGGUUGAUCCAUCUUCGAUGGAGAUGAUGAUUUUCAUCUAACAAAAACAAAAGUAAUAUAGCAUAUAAGUAGUAGCCCUGUUUUUAGGAGUGACCUCGUAGCCCGGGGAUACGGAGACCCAGCCAUGAUCUCAAUUUUUGCAUGUAAUUAAGUUAAUCAGAGCGUUCUGAUCGAAGCCGGAAACAGUAACGUUUUUUUUGUCGACCCGAUGUUUGAAAGACCACCAAAAGAACUGGCUUUGGCAGAGACGGUGAAAAGCAUGUAGAGCUGUGAUAAGCCAGUCGUUUUUGUAACUAGCUUGGCAACACUAGCUUGGCAACACUACUGCAUUUGUGCAACUGAUUUUGGAAAUUGCACUGGGAUGUUUCAAUGGCAACACUACUGCAUUGGAUUUUGGAAAUUGCACUGGAAUGUUACCUAGCUUGGCAACACUACUGCAUUAGUGCAACUGUUUUUGGAAAUUGCACUGGAAUGUUUCAAUGGCAUGUAUAUGCAAAUUUCAGAUUUUUAUCGCAACAAUUAUCUACCCGUGCUGUUAUGAUAGAAAUCUUUGGUUUUCCUUAUUAGUUUUUCAACUUGUGCAAGGUAACCGAAUUAAAUGGGCACUGAAAAGGACAUCGCCUGUUUAUGGCAGCAGCUUGGGAAGGAGGACGCAGUUUGUUUUGAUGUGGACUCCACAUUGGUUACAGGAGAAUUCAUAGACGAGUUCGCAUCUUAUUUGGGCGUGGGCAACAAAGUUCAGGAGGUUACUCUGCGUGCAAUGGGAGGUGGAAUGAAGUUCUGCGAGGCCCUGAAGGAAAGGCUGACAAUUAUGCAACCGACAUCAACUGACUUAAAGACGUUCGCAGAAUCAGAACAACUUUCACUCACUGAUGGAGUUAGGCGCCUCGUUGAAGUUCUGAACUCAAUGCAAGUUGACAUUUAUCUAAUCUCAGGAGGCUUUGACCAGCUGAUAUUUCCUGUCGCAAGGUUGUUGAGCAUUCCCGAAGAGAACGUGUUUGCGAACAGGCUACUGUUUGACGAAAAGGGACAGUAUAUAGGAUUUGACGAAGAGCAGCCUACAUCCCAGGCAGGAGGAAAAGGAAAGGCCAUUGAGGCUUUAAAACAGAGGAAGAUUUAUAGACAUGUCAUCAUGGUCGGAGAUGGAGCCACAGAUGCAGAGGCGUGUCCGCCUGCGGACGCAUUCAUUGGUUUUGGUGGGAACGUAACUAGGGAAUCUGUGAAGAAACUUUGCAGUUUCUACGUGUACAGUUUUGAGGAAUUAAUCGAACUGUUGAAGGGAGAGAAGAGCGAAAUUAUUGAAGACGUAGAGAACGGACCAAAAAAAGUGAAGAGCUCGAGCAUAAAUCACAAUAAUACUACCUCACAAAUUAGGUUUUAAACCACUGUUAUCUAAGAUGUCUUCCUGAGAGAACGAGAUUAUAUAUAUUAAUUGUAUGUAUUUACACAAAAUCAAUUAUAUGAUGCUAUACAUAACGUGCUGUAAUUGAUUGCAAUUAUAACCAAGAAAUUUGUACAUACGUUUUUAUUAUUUUAAAAAAAAUUAGUUACACCUGGUUUUGAUGAUUUUGAUGUCACUAUUAUUAACUAAGCCAUCCCAGGUGCGGGACUAAUUUCACGAUCACUUUGGUGCAAUAGUUUCAACCUCAAUAAAUUUUUUGUGUGUUGUUUUAAA